UUCAAAAUAAAGGCUCCCCCCACCCUACACUCUUCCCUUCAUCGCUGUCCCCCCUCUCUCUCUCUCUCUCUCUCUCUCUCUCUCUCUAAAAUAGGAAGCAGACAAACACAACAUAAAACACCCCCUUCGAUUUCCUCAUCAGAUCCCUCAGCUCUCACACAUUUCAGCGGAAACAAGACCCAGAAAUUCCGCAGCAGAGAAGCCCAAGUAGAACAACUUCAUAUUCCAACCGAUAUUUGGGAAUACUACACGGAGUAGUAUAAUUCACAUUCACUCAGAUAUUUAAACGCACACAACACAUACAUACAUACAUAUGUACACACAGGUGACAUAAGUAGAGCAUACAAAUGAGGUGUAAGAAACACCUCACCGAUUUCAGCAGCAGCGUCGGCGUCUGCGCUUCAUGUCUCCGUGAACGCCUUUUCAUCCUUGUCGCCGCCCAAGCCCAAGACGAUCGCCGGAAUUCCGACUCGCACCUUCCGCCGCCGCCGCUCCUCUUCCCCCGUUCCGUCUCGCCGCCGUACGUCUGCCGUCAGAAUUCGGACUGGAAUCGCCACCGCCAGAGUCUCAAGGAUCAGUUAUUCUUCAGUACUCCUCAAGUAGGCCCUACUCGCGCUUACGAUAUCAAUUCGCCGGCGAAAGAGAAGAUCAAGAGUACUGCUCGAUUCUCUCUCUUCUCCCGAUUGCUGUUCAGAUCCAAAGCGAGGAAGAAGACGGUGGACUCGGAUCUGAAUUCCGUGAAUUCGAGCGCAGCGUCGACGGGGUCUUGGUUCUCCAACAUGCUCUCCGGCCACCGGAAGAAGGAGUCGGCGGCCGGAUUCGGCCGGAGAAUUGGUCGGAACCGAGAUCGGGGAAUGUCUCCGGCUAGGGUUUCCGAUUACGGCGACGUGGCGGAUUGGUUCGACGGAUCGAGCGUGUAUUCGUCGGCGUCGUCGCGGAGCUGGUGGCAGACGCCGAGGAGGGCGGCGUCACGGCACGGAGCCGGAGGACGCCUGAGUCAGUCGCGCAGUGGUAAUAUCUCGGGAAUGACGUUCUGUUUGAGUCCGCUGGUGCGUGCGAGCCCCAGUCGGAACUGGAACCAGAAAGGUGUAACGCCGGAGAUGGCGUUCUCAGGUGAGAUUAGGUUCCCGGUGAACCUGUCGACGGCGGCGGCGUUCUGUGCGAAUAGGUCGAGAAAACUCGCCGAUUUUGGGAGGUCCAACCACAACCAUUAAACGCGAUGACCGUUGACUACGACUGCUACCCCAACGGUAAUUACGACUAUACAACGAAAGUACGCUUUUGCCCUUUGUAUUUUUUUUUCAAUUUUUUUUGUUUCCUUUUAUUUUAUUUUAUUUUACUUUCAAGCGUUCUGUCCCAUUAUAAUAUUUGAGUGAAUACGUAGGACUAGAAGAAGAAGAAGAAAAAAAGCAGGUACUCGGAGUUUCACUUUUUGGAAUGGACUUUACGUUACACUCCUGAUUUUUAUAAUGUGAAUGCAUAAAUUUGUCCUUCAAA